CUACAAGAGGAAGAGGCUUCUCCUCCUCCUCUCCUGGCGAGGUUUCUGCUUCUCAGUCUUUCAGCCAAGCCAAGCAAAGCCCAGGCGUUGCUCUUCCUCCUCCUCCUCCCAUCCAUCCAAGGGAAGGGAUGGGUGAGCCUGAGCCCGACGACGCCGUGCUCUUCGUCGGGGUGUCGCUCGUGCUGGGCAUCGCCUCCCGCCACCUCCUCCGCGGCACCCGCGUCCCCUACACCGUCGCCCUUCUCGUCCUCGGCGUCGCGCUCGGCUCCCUCGAGUACGGAACACACCAUGGUCUAGGCAAACUUGGAGCUGGAAUUCGUAUCUGGGCCAACAUAAACCCUGACCUUCUGCUGGCUGUUUUUCUACCUGCACUCCUCUUUGAAAGCUCCUUCUCCAUGGAAAUACACCAAAUAAAGAGAUGUAUGGCACAAAUGGUGUUACUUGCUGGACCCGGCGUUCUAAUAUCAACAUUUUUACUUGGCGCUGCUGUAAAGCUCACUUUUCCUUACAACUGGAGCUGGAAAAUAUCAUUGUUACUUGGUGGACUGCUUAGUGCAACUGAUCCUGUUGCUGUGGUUGCACUGCUAAAAGAACUUGGAGCAAGUAAAAAGCUCAGUACAAUCAUUGAGGGUGAAUCCUUAAUGAAUGAUGGGACUGCUAUUGUUGUCUAUCAGCUGUUCUAUCGAAUGGUGCUUGGAAGAACCUUUGAUGCUGGCGCAAUAAUAAAGUUCCUGUCAGAAGUUUCACUUGGAGCUGUUGCUCUGGGCCUUGCAUUCGGAAUCGUAUCAGUACUGUGGUUGGGAUUUAUUUUUAAUGAUACAAUCAUAGAGAUUGCGCUUACUCUUGCUGUCAGCUAUAUAGCUUUCUUCACUGCACAAGAUUCACUGGAGGUCUCUGGUGUUUUGACUGUCAUGACACUGGGAAUGUUCUAUGCAGCUUUUGCAAAAACUGCUUUUAAGGGCGAAAGUCAGCAAAGUUUACACCAUUUCUGGGAAAUGGUUGCUUACAUUGCAAACACACUUAUUUUUAUACUGAGUGGGGUUGUUAUUGCAGAUGGUGUUCUACAAAAUAAUGUCCAUUUUGAGACGCAUGGCACUUCGUGGGGCUUCCUUCUUCUGCUCUAUGUCUUUGUGCAAAUAUCCCGACUUAUAGUUGUUAGUGCUUUGUACCCAUUGUUGCGUCACUUUGGGUAUGGGUUGGACUUGAAAGAGGCCAUGAUUCUUGUUUGGUCAGGGCUGCGAGGAGCUGUUGCUCUGUCACUAUCGUUAUCUGUUAAGCGUACCAGUGAUGCAGUUCAACCUUAUAUUAAACCGGAAGUUGGAAUGAUGUUUGUGUUCUUCACUGGUGGCAUCGUGUUUCUAACAUUGAUUUUUAAUGGUUCAACCACACAAUUUUUGUUACGUAUGCUUGGCAUGGACAAACUGUCAGCCACAAAGCUUCGCGUAUUGAAGUAUACAAGAUAUGAAAUGCUAAACAAAGCAUUAGAGGCUUUUGGUGAGCUUAGGGAAGAUGAGGAACUAGGACCUGCUGACUGGGCUACUGUAAAGAAACAUAUCACAUGUUUGAAUGACUUGGACGAUGAUCCAGAGCAUCCCCAUGAUGUUGGUGACAAAGAUGACCACAUGCAUACCAUGAAUUUAAGAGAUAUUCGAGAGAGGCUUUUGAAUGGUGUGCAAGCCGCUUACUGGGGAAUGCUUGAAGAGGGACGAAUAACUCAAGCUACGGCAAAUAUUCUGAUGAGAUCGGUUGAUGAAGCUAUGGAUCUUGUUUCCAGACAACCAUUAUGUGAUUGGAAAGGUUUAAAGUCCAAUGUCCAGUUCCCGAAUUACUAUAGGUUCCUUCAGAUGAGCAGGUUGCCACGAAAGCUUGUCACAUACUUCACAGUUGAAAGAUUGGAGUCAGGAUGUUACAUCUGUGCUGCAUUUCUUCGUGCUCACAGAAUUGCAAGGCGGCAGUUACAUGAUUUUCUUGGUGAUAGUGAGGUUGCAAGAAUUGUUAUUGAUGAAAGUAAUGCUGAGGGAGAGGAAGCUAAAAAAUUCUUGGAAGAUGUUCGAGUUACAUUUCCACAGGUGCUGCGUGUGCUAAAGACACGGCAAGUCACAUAUUCCGUAUUGACACACUUGAGUGAGUAUAUUCAAAACCUCCAGAAGAUUGGGUUGCUGGAAGAGAAGGAAAUGGUCCAUUUAGAUGAUGCUUUGCAGACGGACUUGAAGAAGUUGAAGAGGAAUCCACCGCUAGUGAAAAUGCCAAGAGUUAGUGAGCUUCUAAACACUCAUCCUUUGGUAGGCGCACUGCCGGCUGCUGCACGUGAUCCUUUGCUAAGCAAUACAAAGGAAACUGUACGAGGACAUGGCACAGUCCUAUACCGGGAAGGCUCAAGGCCAACUGGUAUAUGGCUUGUUUCUAUUGGUGUAGUAAAGUGGACAAGUCAAAGAUUAAGCAGAAGGCAUUCCUUGGAUCCAAUUUUAUCACAUGGAAGCACUUUGGGUCUGUAUGAGGUGCUGAUCGGAAAGCCCCAUAUAUGUGACAUGAUCACAGAUUCCGUGGUACAUUGUUUCUUCAUCGAAGCUGAAAAGAUAGAGGAGCUGCGUCAGUCAGAUCAUUCAAUUGAACUUUUCCUGUGGCAGGAAAGCGCUCUGGUCAUUGCUAGGCUCUUGCUUCCUCAGAUAUUUGAGAAAAUGGCAAUGCAUGAGAUCAGGGUUCUUGUUGCUGAAAGGUCGACGAUGAACAUAUACAUCAAGGGGGAAGACAUCGAACUUGAGCAGAAUUACGUUGGCAUUUUGCUGGAAGGAUUCUUGAAGACCAGGAGCCAGCUGAUCACGCCUCCUGGGGUGCUUCUGCCAUCAAAUGCUGACUUGAGCUUAUUUGGACUCGAGUCCUCAGCCGUGAAUCAUAUAGACUACUGUCAUAAUGCACCCAGCUACCAAGUGGAGGCUAGAGCGCGGAUCAUCUUCUUCGAUAUGGUCAGGACCUCCGAGGCAGAGGCCGAUCUUCAGCGAAGCGUGUCGCUGCUGUCUCACGGCCAUGAGCCACCACGAAGCGUGUCGCUGCUGUCUCACGGCCAUGAGCCACCACCACGGACAAUGAGCAAGGAGCACAGCGGCUUGCUGUGUUGGCCAGAGAGCUUCAGGAGGUCCCGGGGAGGCCACAGUGCCAGCCUAGCUGAGAUCAGAAACCAGCCGGGUAGCUUCUCUGCCAGGGCGCUGCAGCUGAGCAUGUACGGCAGCAUGGUGAACCUCACCUCUGGCCAGCAGGGUCACCGGCGGCAGAAGCCCCAUCGCAUGCCGGCGGCGAACCAUAGGCACAGCUCUUCCUACCCCCGGGUGCCGUCGAGGCCAUCCAACACGCGGCCUCUGCUCUCCGUGCAGUCGGAGGGUUCCAACAUGAAGCGAGUGGCGGCGCCGAAAGACGCCACUGCUGGCGAGGCCACAACUGCUGCUCCAGCGACCUCCGCAGGCCAGCAGCAACGGACGGCGGUGCAAGACGACAACUCGAGCGACGACUCCGGCGGGGAAGAGGUCAUCGUCAGAGUCGACUCUCCCAGCAUGCUCUCUUUCCGUCAGUCCGCCGCCGCGGUUCAUUCGCCGCCACCGCCGCCGCAGGACCAGUAACAUUGUUUUGUCCUGUAACAUGAGCGCAUCGUUGCUGCGUGUAUUGUAUAGCAAAAGUAAAAGGGACACAUUCUUCUCCCUUCACUUUGUAUUGAUACUCUGCUAAGUAGGGACAUCUCCAUGCUGUAUAUGCAGGGCCUUUUGGAAUCCUGGUUACAUGGAUUCUGAUACAUUUUUUCCCAUUGAAAUUCCUGGAAAAAUUCCUAGGAUACCAAUA